AUGAUCACUUCUAUUCACUUUUGGCUGCGGUUUAUACCUUGUCCCUUAUCGCCAAUUUCUACUUUGGUCUCAGGGGCAUAUUACGAAUAUUGUGAAUGGAUAAAUGUAAAAGUAUAUAAUAAAUACGUCGAGAAAGAAACGGUAAAUUGUUCCUUAACACACGCGAAAUUUCCAAACGAUAAUAUGAAAAAUUGUUCGCCAAAAGAUACUAAUUAUAAUAUUCAUAGUAAUAGCAGUAAUAUGGAUUCAUUCCUUCAUUUGUGUUUUAUCACAAUGUGGUUGAGUAUCGCAUUUGUGAUAGGUGCUGCUGUAAUGAGUGAAAAUAAAAACGAAGAGAAAGUCAAGUCAAAGUCAUUAAAUGCAGGAAAUAAAUCAAAUUUACCACCAUUACAUGAUCAAAAAAAGAACGAUAAUUUUAUUAUAUUAAAUGUUGGUGGAAUAAAGUAUUAUACGUUACGCUCAACAUUAACUUCACAACCAGACUCAUUACUCGGAACAAUGUUUCAAGAUAGAAACGAAGAAUUACUUCAUCCAAUCAAUGGUAACGAAUACUUCAUCGAUCGGAAUGGACUCGCAUUUCACUACAUUCUCGAAUACUAUCGAACUGGAAAAAUAUCGUGGCCAAGCAAUAAUAACAAUUCAGCAUCCAUAGCGAACAAUAUGAGCACAAUCGAAGAGCUACAACAAGAAUUCGAUUACUUUCAAAUCCCAACAACUUUUACCGAUGUACCACAAGCUCAUAAAUCAGCCGCAUCUCUACUCGACGAAUUUAUCACAUCCCUCAAAGAUUCCGCGUAUGAGCCACUUUCGCGUUUUCACCCGGAAAUCGAAUUAAUCUUUUAUCGAGAUGGAACAGUGCCGUCAGUUAAUCCGAAAUGCGAUUCACCGUCAAUAUCGAGUAUUCAAUGGCGUUUUAAACUCGAAGGUUUCCGAAUGUUAGAUUUGUUUGGUGAGGAGAUCGAAUUCUAUUUGAGAGCUGCUUCGCCAGAUUUCAAUUUUACAGUAACGCCAGUUAGUGCAUAUGACGGAAGUAAAAACAUCGCUGGUUGGCGCAUUAUUAUGUCUACUAAACCGUUGGAUAAAUUAUCGCUUCAAGAUCUCGGCGUUAACGUCAGUAGUAUUGGAUUCAAUACCUUGACUAUGGAGUCUGACCGGUUCAUCUGUGUUCGCGAACAAAAUGGAAAUACAAACCAAGUCAUGAUAAUUGAACUAGCAGACACAGCGAACCUUCUCAAACGACCUAUAGGCGCUGACGCUGCAAUAAUGCAUCCUAAAGAGAAAAAACUCGCUUUAAAAGCAUCACGCCAAUUACAAGUGUUUAAUUUAGAGCUGAAAGCAAAAGUGAAGGCACAUAAUAUGCACGAAGAUGUUGUAUUUUGGAAAUGGAUCAAUGACACAACUCUAGGAUUAGUCACAAACACAGCUGUAUAUCAUUGGUCUAUGAAUGAUGAGACUUCGCCGCCAGAGAAGAUUUUUGAUCGGCAUGGAAACCUUGCUGGUUGUCAAAUCAUAAAUUAUCGCGUUAAUACAGACGAUAAAUGGAUGGUGUUAAUAGGAAUAGCAGCUGUGGAUGGAAGGGUCGCCGGAAACAUGCAGCUUUAUUCAUUAGAACGAAAAGUGAGUCAACCAAUCGAAGGACACGCUGCUGCGUUUUCUACAAUAAUGCUGGAAGGUGGCGUAUCACCAACUCGACUCUUCACAUUUGCAGUAAGAAAUGCAACCGGGGCAAAGCUUCAUAUUGUCGAGGUUGAUCAUAAAGAAGAGAACCCCGUUUUCGCAAAAAAGGCUGUGGAUGUAUUUUUCCCUGCCGAAGCCACAGGAGAUUUUCCCGUAUCGAUGCAGAUUAGCAAGAAAUAUAAUAUCAUAUUUCUUGUGACAAAAUUCGGUUUUAUUCAUCUUUAUGAUUUGGAGACGGGAACAUGUAUUUAUAUGAACAGAAUUAGCGGCGAAACGAUAUUUGUCACUGCAGAGUACGAAAAAACUAGUGGCAUCAUUGGAGUUAACCGAAAAGGACAGGUUUUGUCUGUAUCGGUGGACGAAAAUAAUAUAAUUCCAUAUAUUAGCGGAAUAAUCGGGAAUGCUGAUUUGGCUGUUCGGAUGGCUGCACGAAAUGAUUUGCCAGGAGCCGAAGAAUUAUAUAUGCAGAAAUUCUUGAACCUAUUCUUAGUGGCAAACUAUAGCGAAGCAGCCAAAGUUGCAGCUAAAUCACCACGAGGAUUUCUUCGUACUAAGGAAACACUUGAACGCUUCAAAUCAGUUCCCGUACCAACAGGGUCAAUUUCGCCUAUACUGCAAUAUUUCGGUAUAUUACUUGAAAAAGGUGAUCUAAAUAAAGAAGAAUCUAUUGAAUUGGCCAAGCCUGUAUUGCAACAAGGCCGCAAACAAUUAUUGGAAAAAUGGUUAAAGGAUGAUAAGCUUGAAACCACCGAAGAACUUGGCGAUGUGUGUCGUCAAUAUGAUGUACCACUUGCAUUAGCUGUAUAUCUUCGGGCGAAUGUUUCCAACAAGGUUAUUGCUUGUUUUGCCGAGCUUGGUCAAUAUGACAAGAUAAUCUGGUAUGCAAAGCAGAGUGGAUUCCAACCAGAAUACGCUACAUUAUUGCAACAAAUAAUGCGAUUGGAUCCCGAAAAAGGUGGUGAAUUUGCCACAUUGUUGGUGAAUGAUGAAAAUGGACCUUUAGUGGAUAUUGAGCGAGUUGUAGAUGUAUUCAUGUCCCAAAACCUGAUACAACAGGCAACAUCAUUUUUAUUAGACGCGCUGAAAGAUAACAAGCCAGAGCAUGCACAUUUACAAACUCGUCUACUUGAAAUGAAUUUGAUUCAUGCACCACAAGUUGCAGAUGCUAUUCUCGGCAAUGAAAUGUUCACUCACUAUGAUCGCCCUUCUAUCGCAAAAUUGUGCGAAAAAGCUGGACUAUAUCAAAGGGCUUUGGAACAUUACGAAGACAUAACAGAUAUCAAACGUGUAGUUGUACAUACUCACAUUUUAAACAUCGAGAAUCUACAAAUUGUCGUGCAAGUGGCUACCAAAUACUCUGAACAACUGCAGCCUUUAAAUCUGAUCAAGUUAUUUGAAGAUUUCAAAACAUACGAAGGUUUAUACUAUUAUCUCGGAUCGAUUGUCAAUCUCAGCACCGAUCCCGAUGUUCACUUCAAAUAUAUUCAAUCUGGCGUAAAAGCCGGACAAAUUAAAGAAGUUGAACGAAUUUGCAGGGAAAGCAAUUAUUAUGAUCCUGAAAAAGAAGCAAAACUUUCAGAUCAAUUACCGCUAAUCAUCGUCUGCGACAGAUUCGAUUUUGUCCAUGACCUCGUUCUCUUCCUAUAUCAACAGAACUUAACUAAAUAUAUUGAAGUAUACGUGCAAAAAGUGAAUCCUAGCCGCACACCAAUUGUCAUAGGCGGGUUACUCGAUGUUGACUGUGAUGAAGUUGUCAUCAAGAAUCUCCUAAUGUCUGUUAACGGCCCUUUACCUGUCGACCAAUUGGUAGAAGAAGUCGAAAAACGAAAUAGGUUGAAAUUGUUGUUACCGUGGCUUGAACUGCGUAUUAAUGAAGGAAGUAAAGAUCCUGCCGUUUACAAUGCCUUGGCGAAAAUAUACAUCGACAGUAACAAUAAUCCAGAAGCUUUUCUACGCGAGAACGAACGGGAUCCCUAUCUCGCAUUCAUUGCUUAUCAACGGGGACAAUGUGACAAGGAGCUUGUUAAAAUCACAAACGAGAAUACCAUGUUUAAACAUCAAGCAAGAUACUUGGUAAAACGGCGGGAUCCUCAGCUAUGGCAAUACGUACUUGGUUCAGAAAAUAUUCAUCGCAGAGCGUUAAUUGAUCAGGUGAAUAACACUGCUCUACCUGAAUCGAAUGAUCCAGAAGACGUAUCCAUAACUGUGAAAGCUUUCAUGGCCGCCGAUUUGCCUCUUGAGCUGAUUGAAAUGCUCGAGAAAUUGAUACUGGAAAAUACUGCUUUCAGCGAAAAUCGUAACUUGGAGAAUCUUCUUAUCCUUACAGCUAUUAAGGUAAUUAUGGAAUACGUCAAUAAAUUGAAUCAUUAUGAUGCUCCGGAUAUUGCUACCAUUGCUAUCGAUGCUCACCUUUAUGAAGAAGCUUUCACUAUAUUUAAGAAAUAUGAAGUUCAUACUAGUGCUAUUAAUGUCCUUAUUGAACACAUCGCAAGCAUUGAUCGUGCCGCAGAAUACGCUGAAAAAGUUGAUCAAUCAGAUGUUUGGAGCAGAUUGGCCAAGGCACAAAUUGAAGGCCUGAGAAUCAAAGAUUCUAUUGAUUCCUAUAUUCGUGCUGAUGAUCCGGCCAACUUCUCUGAAGUGAUCGAUAUUUCUUCGCGAGCCGGCAAAUAUGAAGAACUUGUCCGUUAUUUACAAAUGUGCCGCAAGCAUGUUCGUGAACCAUUGGUGGACAGUGAGCUUUUGUUUGCUUUCGCUAAAACUGAAAGGUUCCACGAUUUAGAGGAAUUUCUUAAUGGACCUAAUGUUGCCCAAAUACAAGCAACUGGUGAUCGAUGUUAUGAUGAUGAAUUAUAUGAGGCUGCUAAAAUAUUAUUCCAGAGUAUAUCCAAUUGGGCUCGUCUAGCUUCUACUCUCGUUCAUUUAGGAGAACAUCAAGCUGCUGUGGAUGGAGCACGCAAAGCAGGAAGUACAAAGGUUUGGAAAGAAGUACAUACCGCUUGUGUUCAACAUCGGGAAUUCCGAUUAGCGCAAAUUUGUGGAUUGAGUAUUGUUGUGCAUGCGGAAGAAUUACAAGAUGUAAUUUAUCUCUACGAAAGAAAUGGAUAUAUCGAUGAGCUCUUGACUUUACUUGAAAGUGGUUUGGGUUUGGAAAGAGCUCACAUGGGCAUGUUCACUGAAUUAGCAAUUUUAUACACCAAAUACCGCCCCGAUAAAACCGACGAGCACUUGCGCCUAUUUUGGAAUCGCCUAAAUAUCCCUAAAGUUAUAAGAGCUUGCGAAGAAGCACAUUUAUGGAAUGAGCAAGUGUUCUUAUAUGAGCACUAUGACGAAUUUGAUAAUGCUUCCCUCGCAAUAAUGACACAUGCUGCUGAUGCUUGGGAACAUAAUCGCUUUAAAGGGAUUAUUGUUAAAGUCAGCAACCUGGAAAUAUAUUACAAGGCUCUCAAAUUCUACUUAGAUGAACAUCCUAUAUUGCUUAAUGACCUACUUGCAGCUCUUACGCCUCGGAUUGACCAUACAAGAGUUGUUCAAAUGUUUGCCAAGUCUGAUAACAUACCUUUGAUUAAGUCAUAUUUAAUCUCAGUUCAGAAGGAAAAUAAUGAAGCAGUCAAUAAUGCAUAUAAUGAUGUCUUAAUCGAGGAAGAAGAUUACAAGUCGCUACGUGAUUCCAUUGACAAUUUUUCUAAUUUCGACAAUGUUAAAUUGGCAAAGAGACUUGAAGGCCAUGAAUUAUUAGAAUUUCGGCGAAUUGCCGCGCUGAUAUAUCGAAGGAAUAAACGAUGGGAAGAGUCUAUUGCUCUAUCAAAAGAAGACAAAUUAUACAAGGACGCAAUCGACACCGCAAACGGAUCACGCUCCACUGAAGUUGCUGAAGAGCUUUUAGAAUACUUUGUAAAAACGGGAAAUAAAGAAUGCUUCACAGCCUGCCUUUAUUCUUGUUAUGACUUACUUCGACCAGAUGUGGUGUUAGAAUUGUCCUGGAGAAAUGGAUUAACCGACUUUGCCAUGCCUUUUAUGAUUCAGUCUUUCAGAGAAUUAACCGUAAAGGUUAGUAAUAUAGAUCGGAAUAUGGAAGAAUUGAGGGCUAAAGAACGACAGCGAGAACAAAACGAAAACGAAACUCCAAUAAUUGGAGUCGGUCUCGGAAAUCAGUUGUUAAUAACACAAGGUCCUGGACAAGGAAUUCCACAAGGAUUUGGAACACCUUAUAAUGGAACGAAUGGUUACUCAAAUUAUUGA